UUACAAAAUUACAAAUCCCCCAAAUCAGAGUCCGCCAAAUGAACCGGAAGUAGAAGAAGAAGAACCCAAAAGCUCACUCAGUAAAACCCUCGACGGUGAUGAUGCAGCGAUUAUGCUCCAAGCUUCGAAGUUUACCCUUACAAUCAGCCCACAAGACUCUACCAUCUCUCUCCUCUUCCUCUUCCUCUUCCUUGCUUCGAUCUUCUCGCCCUCUUCAUUUCGCUUCAAAUAGCAGCCACACAUGGAGCUCAACGUCCCUCUUCAAUGCCCAUUCACCAACCCAACCUUCACUGCUCCUCGCCUCUCUUCGCUCUUCAACAUUUCCCAUCUCAAUGGUUCAAGUGCGGCAUGUUUCGUCAAGCGAGCGUAAGAAGAGGAGAAAGCCAAUGACACCAGUUACUUCCAAGAUAAAGAAAUACAAAAUCAAGGGUUACUCGUCUUACAAGUCCCGGUUUAAGUUAUUGAAUGAUGGCACUAUUCGACGCUGGAGGGAGGGGAAGCGGCACAAUGCACAUUUGAAGUCGAAGAUAUCCAAGCGUAGACUGAGACUACCUGCCCUCGUCCAUCCUGCUUAUGCCAAAGUGAUGAAGAAGCUCAAUUUUUGUGCUUGAAGCUUUGGAAUCUCAUUUAGGUACUGCCAGUUCAUGGAGUGGAGAGGGAACCCCGUAGGCAUUUGAAAUUGUGUUCCUUCUCUUUUACAUUUCUGAGUUCCUUUCAGCUCUUAGACCAGCACUAGAUUCAACUGUUGGUACACACGUGAGGUUGUGGCUGAUGAAAUAAUCCACUAUUUUCUUCUUGAAUUUGUAUUUUCGGGAUGAGUAGUUGCUCAGCAAUUCAUUAGAAGAGUUUCAUUUUA